GCCCCUCUUUACCUUCCGGCAGUACGUCAAAGCGCACGCUGUGUGACGGACGGGUUUUGUUCGCUGCUCUUACGUUUCUAGUCAUGGCGAAUCGGAACAAUGUCUCUGCAAGUCAAGUAGACAUAUUAGAGCAAUGGUUGAACUUGGAUUUAGACAGCGACGAAGGGGAAAACGGCGAAAAUUCCAUAUCUACACGCAAUGCUGUAAUAUCAAAUUCUGAUAAUGAGUUUUCAGAUAACGACGAGGAUUUUGUCAUAACGAGUGAUCAUGAAUCGAAUUCCGAAAUAUCUGACAGCGAAGUUUCUAAUGAAAAUGAAGUUGAAGUGACUGAAGAAGCUCAUUCUACUGGUUACUUUUAUGGGAAAAAUCGCUUCAAAUGGGCUAAAGUCCCACCUGCAAGAAACACUCGUGUUAGAAGCCAUAAUAUUAUCAGAUUGCCUUGUACUACAUCCCGAUCAAGACCUGCUGAACCAUUCAUGCCAAAAGAGGCAUUUACUAUAAUAUUUGAUAAAGAAAUUAAGAGCAAAAUACUAUUUUGGACGAACAAAAAACUAGAAGCAUUUAGACUGAAAUAUAUAGAUACAGAUCGCACGGAACUGAGGGAGUGCUCUCUACAAGAGCUAGACUGUUUUUUGAGUCUGUUACUAUACUCUGCUGUAUUCAAGUCUAAUCAUGAAGCCAUAACAUCGCUUUUUGCGACUGAUGGCACUGGGAGAGACAUUUUCAGACUGUGCAUGUCUUCACUGCGUUUUUAUAUACUUUUGAUAUGUCUUCGCUUCGACAAUCCGGAAGAUAGAGAAGAGCGUAAAAAAUCUGAUCCUGGAUGCAUCACUUCAGAACUAAUUAAUAUAUUCAAUGAGAAUUCUCAGGCAAACUACUCAAUUGGUGCUAAUGGAACGAUUGACGAGAUGCUGGUUGGUUUCCGCGGACGCUGUGGUUUCAAAAUGUAUAUACCCAGCAAACCAAACAAAUAUGGUUUGAAAAUGCAAUGUCUUGCAGACUCGAAAACACACUAUGUCCUCAAUACGUAUUUGUACUGUGGAAAAAAUACUGACGGGCUUACGUUGACAAGUGAGGAGCAAAAACAACCAAUACCAGUACAAGCUUGUCUAAGAUUAUGCCGGCCAAUUUUUAACUCCAACCGUAACCUCACCACUGACAACUGGUACACCUCAAUGGAACUUGUCAGUAUUAUGCAAUCCAAAGGCAUCACUGUUGUCGGGACAAUGAGAAAAAAUAAGAAGGAGAUUCCUAAGGAAUUUUUGCCCCACAAAGAUCGGAAAAUUGGAUCAUCACUGUUUGGUUUCACAAAAUUUUCAACAUUGGUGUGUGUGAUGUACCCAAAAAGAAUAAAUCCGUCAUUCUUGUAUCUUCGAUGCAUCAUGACAACACUGUGGACGUGUCUACUAAGAAACCUGAAAUCAUUCUCCAUUAUAACAGCACAAAAGGCGGCGUCGACUCUGUGGAUCAGAUGUGCUCAGUAUAUUCGAGCAGUCGAAGAACGCGUCGUUGGCCAAUGCCUAUUCUUUAUAGGAUACUGGACAUGA